CAACCAACGCAGCCUAGGCGCCCUGCAUGAUUGUAGCAUCAAGAUCUGCGCGAUGAUGUUUCCUCUAAUAACAACUUGAACAGCUAUGAGUCGCCAAUUCUUGACCGCAUUCUCUGCGCCACGGUGUAGGCAUGCCAAUAUGAAACAGGAUAUCUGAUCGCUUCCUGGAGACCAUCUUCCUUCCCUCUCCAACAUCUUGUUGUUGUCACUUCCCCAACAUAUCUUCUUGUCGACAACAUCAUUUGUACGAUGAAGUAUAGCACGUCGCUACCACUGCUUUCAGUCUUCGCUUCAUCUGCUCUGGCCACAGGCCCGCUCGAGUUCUCGCUCAGGAGUGAACCACAUUCAGAACUUUCACGUGUCGCUGAACGUGAUGUGGACGGGACCUCUGAGUCUGCAGUUCUCACCAACUUUGCCGGUCAAUUGGGAAUGAAGUACUUUGUCAACUUCACCGUCGGAACGCCAGGUCAACUUCAGACCGCAAUUCUUGACACUGGAAGCGCGGAUACAAUCCUCGUCCCCUCCGACGCUCCAUUCUGCAAAGAAAAGGGCGCGAAAUGUCUAGGCGGGACUUACAACGCAUCGGCCUCAUCCACCUUUGAGAUGAUCACAUCUAGUGCCCUAGAUGCAAAUUAUGGCGAGACUGGUACCGAUUCUGGUUUUGUCGCAGAUCUUGCAACCGAUGUGAUCCAGGUCGGCGACGUCGUUGUUUCUGGUGCUCACUUUGGUAUAGCCGGUCAAGCUGAAGGUAAUUUCCUCGGCGACAGCAGUUAUGCCGGCAUCAUGGGUCUUGGUUAUUCGGCCAUGGAGGCUGUCAAAAAAGGUCAACCGUAUUAUCCAACUUUUGUCGAGUCGCUUGUCGGAGCUGGAGCCAUUGCCUCGCGUGUCUUUAGUCUCUAUCUCAAUGAAGUGAACAGCUACGGCUCUAUCUUAUUCGGCGGUGUUGAUACCGAGAAGUACACUGGCAAUCUUACCACCUUGAACUUGGUGCAAGCGGGAGUGAACGGAAAAAUGGUCCAGGCAUUCUUCAUGUAUCUUGAUGAGGUCAUGAUGAAGCGUGGAGAUGGCGUGGAGGAGACGAUUGUUGCACCCAACGAGAUUCAAGAGUUUGUCUAUCCGGACUCUGGCGCUUCAGAUUGGACAGUGCCUACGGACGUCUACAACAAGGUAGUCAACAUGACCGGCGUCACGGUCACAAAGACCAAUGCAGUCAUGGCCUGCAGCAAGAUCUCAAAUGAGACAUCCUUCACCUUUACGCUCUCCGGCAACGGAACCAACACAGCCAAACUGGAUAUUCCCCUUUCCUCCUUCUUUGUACCUGCAGCCAAAACUGAUGGGUCUAUCGCAAAAAUCGGGGGUGAGGAUGCUUGUCUAAUGAUGAUCAAGCCAGCUGCUUCAGGGUCGAAGUUCUACCUCCUCGGUGAUCCCAUCAUUCGUGCAGGCUACUGGGUGUACGACCUGGACAACGGACAAGUCUCAAUCGCUCAAGCACGUCUUUCAGCCACCAAUUCGAAUAUCGUCGCUGUAGAAGCUGGUCCUCAUGGUAUUCUGAAUGCGACAAAUCAACCUGCUGAGCUUAGUACCAAUCAGACUCAGCGUGUUGCUGGUACUGCUACUGCAUCAGUCAGCUACUCAUUGUAUACUGCUACCAAUGCCGUUGGACAGACUUCCGGUCCGCAGUCUACCGAUAUCAGCAGUGGAGCUAUCAGUCUGAUGUCUGGCAUACCCGCUGAAGGUAUCGUGUUUUUGACUGGCGCUCUUUUACUAUCCGUCGUAUUCGGCGCCUUCAUACUCUAACCACACCCACUAUAGAUCCCCAUCAGUAGAUAACCCAAGUCUCUUGAAAUGUUAGACAUGUGUCCACUUAAGAGGCAAGCUUUAACCGUGCCUU